AUUCAGUAUUAAUCGAACUUCAUAGCGAGAAACAUCACAAUAAAGCUCUGACAAGAAGAGGGUGACACAGCAAGUGACAAUGGCAUUUUUGGACACAGUUUUAGGAUUCAUCACCCAAAAUAAGGCCGUGUGUGUCCUUUCGGUGCUGCUAUUUGCCUUUUUCAUAUCCACAAUAGCGUUGGCUGUGCAAAAGAACAAUCUCGCAUCUGAAUUGGCGACAUGCGAAGACAAAGACCACACAACCCCUGCUAAUUUAAAGCAUCGACUUCCUUCGAAUGUCGUUCCAACCCACUAUGACCUAUUUCUGCACCCCGAUUUAGACACCCACAAAUUCACAGGAACUGUGACAAUUUCCUUCAAAGUCACCGAAGCUACACAAUACGUUAUCCUAAAUGCGUAUAAGUUGACAAUAGAGAGUGUGGCUGUCCAUUCUGCAUCCCAGGAAAUUCCAACCUCCCAUGAGCUCAGCGAGGAGUUUCAGAGUUUGGUUGUGAGUGUAAAAUCAGGCCAAUUGGAUGUCACUACCGGCGAUUCCACCUUCACUAUCGCAAUUACCUUCAGUGGAUCAAUGGAGGACAAAAAUAUUGGUCUAUAUAGCAGCAAAUACAAGAAGACUGACGAUAGUGAGGUCACAAUAUCAUCAUCCAAGUUCCAACCGACAUAUGCAAGGCAAGCUUUUCCAUGCUUUGAUGAACCCGAGUUCAAAGCAACAUAUUCUAUAAGCCUUGUCCGACCCAAGGAUAAUAACUACAUUGCACUGUCGAACAUGCCAGAGGAAUCGAGCACAGAUGGUCCUGGUAGCAAUGACGUGACUGUGAAAUUUAAGGAUUCACCGCAGAUGAGCACGUAUUUGGCAGUUUUCCUGGUGGCAGACUUUAUUAACAGUGAACAAGAAAUUGAGAAUAUCGGAGGAGAUAAUUUCAAUAUACGCGUCUACCUUCCUGAAGGUCAGCAGGACAAGGGAACAUUCGCUUUGGAUGCUGCCGUGAGAAUCACAAAAACUUACAUAGAAUACUUCAACAUUGGCUACCCCUUGCCGAAGCUGGACAUGGCUGCAAUUCCUGACUACGUGUCCGGAGCAACUGAGCAUUGGGGACUCGUGACUUUCAGAGAAACUUCUCUCCUCUGGGAUGAAGCUGAAAGUUCCACGAGGAAUAAGCAGAGAGUCGCUUCAGUGAUCUCCCAUGAACUUGCACACAUGUGGUUUGGUAAUUUGGUCACGUGCAAAUGGUGGAACGAUGUGUGGCUCAAUGAGGGUUUCGCAUCCUAUAUUGAAUACAAGGGUCUAUCGACGUUUUCUACCGAUGAUAACUGGAAAAUGGAGGAUCAGUUCCUCAUUGAAGAUCUUCAUGGUGUUAUGGAGCUCGAUUCAAAAGUGGCAUCGCAUCCAAUUGUCCAGGAAGCUGAAACUCCUGACGAGAUUACAGCUCUCUUCGAUAGCAUUGCCUACAGUAAGGGCGCAUCGAUAAUCAGGAUGAUGGAAGGAUUCCUGACCAGUGAUGUGUUCAAGAGUGGUGUUAAUAAGUUCUUGACUGAAUUCAGAUACAAAUCAGUUGUAACAGCAGAUUUCUUCCGAUUCAUGGACACUGAGGCUGGUUAUAGCGUCACGGACAUCAUGUCUACAUGGACUGAACAGAAAGGAUAUCCAGUGGUCACUGUGAAAAGAGUUAGUGACACAACUUAUGAACUGACACAGGAGCGCUUCCUGUUAAACACCGACUCAAAAGCAGAUGAAACUGAUAAUUCUCCCUUCCGCUGGCACAUCCCGAUUACCUAUGUGAGCGAUAAGAAGAGCAGUGGUAACACGGUGGAGUGGUUCAAACCCGAUCAAAAUAGCAUUCAACUGAACAUGGGAGAAGCUUCAAAGUGGAUAAAAGUAAAUCAGAACCAAGUGGGAUAUUACAUUGUCAACUACGACGACUGGAGUGAGCUUGUGAACCAAAUGAAAGAUGCAGGAAAUCAAUUUUCCGUCAUGGACAGAGCCCAGCUUCUUCACGAUGCCUUUAAGCUUGCGGACUCGAUGACCAUUUCAUACACCGUCCCACUGGAUCUCACGACUUACUUGCUAAGUACUAAUGAGACCGAUUACGUUCCAUGGUCGGUUGUGACAAGCAAGUUCUCGUCAUUGUACGCAAUGUUGGACGACUCACUGGAUUUCUAUCACUACAUUACGAAGCAAAUACAAGAGGUUUAUGCAUAUGUCAAUCCAGUGAAUAUCAACGAAGACACUGCGCAAGAUCACUUGAAGAAAUUACUGAGAGAGAAAAUCAUGAACUUGGCAUGCAGUUUGGAACACAGUCAAUGCAUGACAUACGUCCGUGACAGUUUCAAAAGCUAUCAAGAUGAUGAAACUAGCAAACCAGAUCCAGAUAUUCGACAAACAGUUUACUAUCACGGAAUGAAGGACGUCCGCGGAUUUUCUGAUUGGAACGCCAUAUAUCAACGGUUUGUGAAAGAGAUUGAUCCACAGGAGAGAGCUAAGCUAAUGGAAGCACUUGCUGCGACCCAAUCUCCACAGUUGCUUACCAAUUACCUGAAUAUUGCUCAGGACAAGAAUGGCCCGAUCAAGAAACAAGACUACGUCACUGUGAUGCAAUACAUUGCAAACAAUAAAGUGGGAGAGAGUAUUGUUUGGGAGUAUGUGAAAAAUAAUUGGGAAACGAUUACAACCGAAAUAAGUGAUAUCAAUGAUCGCACUCUUGGGCGAAUGAUUCCAAACAUCACAAAGAGAUUCAACACUGCCGCGCAAUUGCAAGAGCUGGAGCAGUUCUUCGCAAAACACCCAGAAGCUGGAGCAGGUGCAGCUGCGCGACUUGAAGCUCUGGAGACGAUAAAGUACAAUAUCAAGUGGCGGGAGCACAAUAAGGCGGCUAUCGAUACAUGGCUGAAGGAGCAUCUUGAGAACUCGAAAUCUAUCGUCUCGCAGGAGAAAACCAUUAAAGUAACUGACCUUAUCGAUUCGACGCCGAUUGAUUUCACUCAAUUCACGCUGAAAGUGAUUAAUUGCUCUCCUAUGAUACAAAGUCACAGUCUGCGAGUACCCGUUGACUUCCCUCAGCGAUUGCAAUCUACAAUGUGCAAUUUGUCUAAGCCGACCUCUCAGUUGCUGCUUCACUCGCUCCUCGAAAUGGUCCACAAUCCGGCUAGUCUGGUGCGCCCGUCGUCGGUUUCGAACUUUUCCCGCCAAGACUCGAGCACUUUGCGGAAGAGCCACUCUCUCGUGCUGUCUCUGGCGACCAUAUGUGUGAUUCUCGCGGCGUUGCUGUGUAUUGUAGUCGCUGGGUUGGUGUUAGUUGGAAGGAAUCUGUCAAGAGUUUCUCAGUCGUCGGCACUGAGUACGAGAAAUUUUUCCGGCUUCUCAUCACAGGAUCCCAGUUCCCUGGCCAAUCGCUCGAUACUUACUCUCCCCAAUUCAGUGAAUCCCCAGCAAGUGCCAGGAAGAGUGGAGGGCGUAAUGGCAUCGACGAGAUUAUCAGCCGCGGCUGCGAAGAUUGUGGAGCAACUGUCGUUCCGGCUGCCGGCUGAGGUCAGGCCGAAGAGAUACAAUCUCCACCUGCAUCCCAAUCUCGUGGAGAAGACCUUCUCCGGGAAUGUGUCCAUCGAUCUAGAGGUGUCCAAGCCGGUCUCCUUCAUCGCUGUGCACACGAAGAAACUCACCAUCAGCUCAACGAGUCUCACGCGCGAAGCAUCUUCAACUGUGCCUCUCGAGGAGACUUUCGAGUAUGAGCCCCUGGAGUAUUGGGUCACAGUGCCCAAGGAAACGAUCGGGGAGGGAGUCUACCAGCUCAACAUGUCCUUCAACGGAAGCCUGAUAAACCGCAUUGUGGGAUUCUACGCCAGUUCCUACUUCAAUCCUGAACAGAAUCAAACAAGGACAAUUGCGACGUCGAAAUUUGAGCCAACUUAUGCGAGACAAUCUUUUCCGUGUCUCGACGAGCCAGCCAUGAAGGCACCAUUUAAAAUCAGCAUCGUUCGUCCAACUGGCGACAAUUACAUCUCGCUGUCCAACAUGAAUGAGGAGAAGAAUGAGGAAAAUGGCGCGGAAACUGUAUCGCAUUUCGCCGAAAGUGUUCCCAUGAGCACAUACUUGGCGUGCUUCAUUGUCUGUGAUUUUCUCCACAAGGCGGAAACCGUGAAGACUCAGGGCAUUGGCAAGGAUUUCCAACUGAAGGUAUAUGCGACACCCAAUCAGCUCAACAAGACAGAAUUUGCACUGAAGACAGGCGUGGGAAUUACUGAAUUUUACAUUCAGUACUUCCAAAUUGAAUAUCCGCUCCCGAAACUAGAUAUGAUUGCGAUCCCUGACUUUGUGUCUGGAGCAAUGGAAACUUGGGGUUUGAUAACGUAUCGUGAGACUGCUCUCCUCUAUGAUCCACUCAUCAGCUCGUCGGCGAACAAGCAACGCGUGGCCGAGGUUGUGGCCCACGAAUUGUCCCAUAUGUGGUUCGGGAAUCUCGUGACAAUGCGAUUCUGGAAUGACUUGUGGCUUAAUGAGGGCUUCGCCAGCUAUAUCCAAUACAAGGGCUGUGACCACCUCUUCCCAUCGUGGGGCAUGAUGGAUCAAUUCCUGAUUGACGACCUGCAUUAUGUGUUCCGAAUUGAUGGAUCCUUGGCCACACAUCCAAUUGUACAAAGUGUGGCUAAUCCGGACCAAAUUACCGAGAUGUUUGACGCGAUUUCGUACAGCAAAGGGGCAUCGAUUAUACGAAUGCUGGAGGACAUGAUUGGGAGUGAGAACUUCAGGAACAGCGUCACGAGAUACCUGACAGCUCACAAGUAUGGAAAUGCUGAUACAAAUGAUUUACUGACUCAAGUGGAGAAGCUCAACUUGGACUAUGAUAUCAAGUAUGUGAUGGACACGUGGACGAGACAAGGAGGUUUUCCUGUCGUCACUGUGGAACAGCUUAGCAAUACCACCUACAAACUGACUCAGAAACGCUUCUUCUCCAAUCCAGAGAAUGACAUCUCCUUGGCGCCUCCUUCUGAGUACAACUAUCGAUGGUACAUCCCAAUAACAUAUGUCACAGACAGGGAUCCAAAAGUGCAGAGAAAGUGGUUCCCCAAUUCCGACACUGAGGCUGAAAUUGUGAUUGAUCAUCCUCAUGACUGGAUAAAGAUCAAUAAGGAUCAAAUUGGCUACUACUACGUAAACUACCCGGCGGAUGUGUGGAGUUCUCUCACAAGAGCGCUGAUUGAGGACAAGAACGUCUUCUCGGUGUCUGAUCGCUCCCAACUGCUGAAUGAUGUGUUCUAUUUAGCUGAUUCAACACAGACCUCGUACGAGAUCGCCUUGAACCUGACGAAAUACCUCAAGACUGAAGAUCAGUAUGUGCCUUGGGUGGUGGUGACGAAUCGUCUGCUGAACAUUUAUAAGCUCGUGGAUCAGACGGAUGUGGUGCCACAGGUGGAGAAAUAUUGCCAGCAACUGCUGGCGAGAGUAUAUGAAUCAAUUGGAUGGACUGUGAAUGAGGAUGAUCAUCUGAAGAAUCGACUCAGGGGUCUUAUUCUGCAGUUCGCUUGCGCAAUGGGGCACAAAGAGUGCCUUAGUAUUGCGGGUGAUGAGUUUAAGAAGUGGCUACAGGAUCCGUCAAACCGUCCUCAUCCUGAUCUGCGUAGUAUAAUCUAUUCCUAUGGAAUGCAGUCCGUGGGUGACAAGGAGAAGUGGGAUCAGGUCUGGAAGAUUUACCUGGCUGAGACGGAUGCUCAGGAGAAGACUAAACUAAUGAGUGCCUUAACGUCGGUGAAGGAUCACUCGCUGCUCAAUCGGCUCAUAACACUGUGCUGGGAUGAGAAGAACGUUCGCGGUCAGGACUACUUCUCGACCAUGAGCAGCAUCGCGAGCAAUUCAAUUGGUCGGAAUCUUGUCUGGGACUACGUUCGUGAGCACUGGGAGGAUUAUGUGAAGAGAUUCGGACUGAAUGAGCGAUAUUUGGGCCGAAUGAUUCCUGCCAUAACGAAAAAUUUCAAUAGCAAUGUUAAGUUGGAAGAGAUGAAGGCCUUCUUCACAAAGUACCCUGAGGCUGGAGCUGGAACGGCGGCGAGGAAGGAAGCCUUGGAGAAUGUGUCCGGAAACAUAAAAUGGCUUCAGAAUAACAAAGAUGUUGUCACAGAGUGGUUCAAGAACAAUUCUAAGUAGAUUUCUUAUGAAUUUUGAAAUAAAUUGAGGGAAUAUAAAACAA